AUGACGGCAUCAUCCGCCGAACCGGUUGCUGCUUCAACGGCUGCAGCGCCCGUUAAACAGAACGGCAGCUCAGCUGGGAGACACGAGGAAUACCAAUAUCUGGACCUCGUCCGCGAAAUCCUCGAAGAUGGAGAACAUCGUCCAGACAGGACUGGCACAGGCACAUACUCAAUCUUUGCCCCACGGCCGCUGAAGUUCAGCCUCAACAAGGACGGCAGGCCGCUGUACCCACUUCUCACCACAAAGCGUGUUUUCCAGAAGGCCGUCGUCGCCGAGCUGCUCUGGUUCAUAGAAGGGAACACGUCCUCGCUCAGUCUCUCCGAGCAGGGCGUCAAGAUCUGGGACGGCAACGGCUCGCGCGAGUUCCUCGACAGCGUCGGGCUGGGCCACCGCGAGCCGGGCGACCUGGGCCCCGUGUACGGGUUCCAGUGGCGCCACUUCGGCGCCGAGUACGUCGACGCAAAGGCCGACUACACGGGCAAGGGCGUCGACCAGCUGGCGGAGGUGAUCCACAAGCUCAAGACGAACCCCUACGACAGGCGGAUCAUCAUGAGCGCAUGGAACCCCGCGGACCUGAAGAAGAUGGCGCUCCCGCCGUGCCACAUGUUUGCGCAGUUCUACGUCUCCUACCCGAGGUCGAAGGCGUCGGCGGCGGCGGCGGCGGGGACAGAGAAUGGCAAUGGGGAGGCGAAGCCCAAGGGCCACCUCCACUGCCAGCUCUACCAGCGCUCCUGCGACAUGGGCCUGGGCGUGCCGUUCAACAUCGCCAGCUACUCGCUGUUGACGCACAUGAUCGCACACGUGUGCGACCUCGUCCCAGGGAGUCUCACGCACGUCAUGGGCGACGCGCACGUCUACGUGGACCACGUCGAUGCCCUCAAGAUACAGCUGGAGAGGGAGCCGCGCGAGUUCCCGGAGUUGGAGAUCAAGCGGGAGAAGGGCGGCAGUAUAGACGGGUGGAAGGUCGAGGACUUCGAGGUGAAGGGAUAUAACCCGCACAAGACGAUUGCGAUGAAGAUGUCGGUAUGA